AUGAAGGCGCCCAGUCGCCCUGCCUCAUUCACCGAUAUACCUACACUCCACCUUCUGAACAAGGGAAAGCAAAGAGAACAGAAUAAUGCUUCAUCGCCCGAUUCCCUUAGAUCCGUCUCGUCCAGUCCUUUCAAGAGCCAUAGAGCUCCAAGAGGUUGGUGGCUCGAUGUAUCUAGCCCCACCUGGGAUGAUAUGCGUGCCAUUGGAAAACUUCUGCAUCUUCAUCCCUUGACUCUGGAAGAUAUCCUACAGCAAGAGCCGCGAGAGAAGUUGGAGCUUUUUCCUAAGCUCGGUUAUCACUUCAUUGUCUUUAAAGCUAUACAAGGUGCUACACAGUCUGGCAUCGAGGGAGAUAGCUAUCUCGAUGAUGGAGGUAGCAUAAAUGAAGUGAACAUUUACCUUGUCGUCUUUAGGGAAGGCAUUUGUACUGUUAGUCUGUUACAAUGUCUAGACCACACGGAGCGAGUACGAAACCGUCUCAGGGUGCUCAGAGAUAGCUUUUACAUGACUUCAGAUUGGAUUGCUCAUGGGAUUUUGGAUUCAAUCGUAGAUUCCUUCUUUCCUUUUUUAGAUGAAAUAGACAAAGAGGUGACCACGGUCGAGCAGCUUGUAUUCUCAAUCAAGGAUACAUUGAAACCAUCACAAAACGCUACCGCUACCACAUUGCGUCGUAUGGCCAGAACUCGACGGCUAGUUACGUCCCUUACACGCCUACUUGCGACUAAAUCGCAGGUGGUCUCUCAGGUUAGGAAGAGGUUCUUGACAGUGGGACAAUCUGGACCUGGUAACGGAUCAGUUAACAACGACGAUAUAGAGAUUGCGAUACACAUGGGGGAUGUCCAAGAUCAUAUCUUGACGUUGCAACAUUCGCUUACGCAUUACGAACGUAUGCUCAGUCAAGUUCACCCUGCCUACCUUUUCCAGCUUGGAAUGAGCGUGUCGAAAACCAAGUCUGGGACGGAUAAAGCGCUUCUGAUGCUCACUCUCGUGAGUCUAGGUGUUAUAUGUGUUCAAACCUUGUACGGUAUUUUUUCGAUGAACGUAAUGGUGCCUGCAAAUACAAUUCCUGGCGGUCCUUACCACUGGUUUGGUGUGGUUAUCUCUUUGGCAGUAGCGAUCGUGACCGGAUAUCUGUCUCUCGUCCGUUAUUGGUGGGUUCAGGCGGGCAAAGUACGAGGUCGCAAGCUGUCAUGA